AUGGAGACCGAAAGUGAGAGCAGCACCUUAGGAGAUGACAGUGUCUUUUGGUGGGAGUCUGAAGUUACCCGCCAGGUGACUGGCAGUAAAGGGGGAGAAAGGGAAGAAGACUUCAGGAAGAUGAAGUCCUCGGUACAUUCUGAAGAGGAUGAUUUUGUCCCUGAACUACACAGAAACGUGCACCCUCGAGAGCGGCCUGACUGGGAGGAAACGCUUAGUGCAAUGGCAAGAGGAGCAGAUGUCCCUGAGAUCCCCGGAGACCUUAGUCUUAAGACAUGUGGCAGUACAGCUAGUAUGAAGGUUAAACAUGUGAAAAAGUUACCCUUCACUAAAGGUCACUUUCCGAAGAUGGCUGAAUGUGCACAUUUCCAUUACGAGAAUGUUGAGUUUGGCAGCAUACAGCUUUCACUUUCAGAAGAACAGAAUGACAUAACGAAAAAUGGCUGUGAAUCUAAAGAGCUGGUCUACCUCGUGCACAUUGCUUGUCAGGGCAAAAGUUGGAUUGUUAAAAGAAGCUAUGAAGAUUUUCGAGUACUUGACAAACAUCUUCAUCUAUGUAUUUAUGACCGACGAUUCUCCCAGCUCUCAGAACUUCCCCGUUCAGAUGCCCUGAAGGACAGUCCAGAGUCAGUCACUCAGAUGCUUAUCGCUUACCUGUCCCGCCUUUCUGCUAUUGCUGGCAACAAGAUCAAUUGUGGGCCUGCCCUUACUUGGAUGGAGAUUGAUAAUAAGGGGAAUCACCUUCUAGUACAUGAAGAAUCAUCCAUUAACACUCCUGCUGUUGGUGCUGCGCAUGUUAUCAAGAGGUACACUGCUCGGGCCCCUGAUGAAUUGACCUUAGAGGUGGGCGACAUUGUUUCUGUUAUUGACAUGCCUCCCAAAGUGUUGAGCACCUGGUGGAGAGGCAAGCACGGAUUUCAGGUGGGGCUCUUCCCUGGACACUGUGUUGAGUUAAUUAAUCAGAAAGUUCCCCAGUCAGUGACCAACUCAGUGCCAAAACCAGUGUCUAAAAAGCACGGCAAGCUCAUUACUUUCCUACGCACAUUCAUGAAGUCUCGCCCAACAAAACAGAAGCUGAAGCAGCGGGGAAUCUUGAAAGAGAGGGUGUUUGGUUGUGACCUCGGGGAACACCUUCUGAAUUCUGGUUUUGAAGUACCCCAGGUUCUUCAAAGCUGCACAGCAUUCAUUGAGAGGUAUGGCAUUGUGGAUGGAAUAUAUCGUCUCUCUGGUGUGGCCUCCAACAUCCAGAGACUACGCCAUGAAUUUGACUCUGAACAUGUCCCCGACUUGACAAAGGAACCGUAUGUUCAAGACAUCCAUUCCGUGGGUUCCCUCUGUAAGCUCUAUUUUCGUGAGCUCCCAAACCCUCUGCUCACCUACCAGCUCUAUGAGAAAUUUUCCGAUGCUGUUUCAGCAGCAACAGAUGAAGAGCGGCUGAUAAAAAUUCAUGAUGUCAUCCAGCAACUCCCACCUCCACACUACAGAACACUGGAGUUCCUGAUGAGACACUUGUCACUUCUAGCUGACUAUUGUUCCAUCACAAAUAUGCAUGCAAAAAACCUAGCAAUUGUCUGGGCUCCAAACCUGCUCAGGUCAAAACAGAUCGAGUCUGCCUGCUUCAGCGGAACUGCAGCCUUCAUGGAAGUGAGGAUUCAGUCUGUGGUGGUUGAAUUCAUCCUCAAUCACGUUGACGUCCUCUUCAGUGGGAAAAUCGGCGCAGCCAUUCAGGAGGGAGCAGCCUCUCUGUCAAGACCCAAAUCCCUGCUGGUUUCCUCGCCAUCCACCAAGCUGCUGACGUUGGAGGAAGCCCAGGCGAGAACACAGGCUCAGGUCAAUUCUCCCAUUGUGACAGAAAAUAAAUACAUCGAAGUAGGAGAGGGACCUGCUGCACUUCAGGGGAAGUUUCAUACCAUCAUCGAGUUCCCACUUGAAAGGAGGCGGCCUCAAAAUAAAAUGAAAAAAUCUCCUGUGGGCAGCUGGCGUUCCUUUUUCAACCUGGGGAAAUCGUCAUCUGUUUCGAAGCGGAAGUUGCAGCGUAAUGAGAGCGAGCCUUCCGAGAUGAAAGCCAUGGCCCUGAAAGGUGGCCGGGCAGAAGGAACCCUCCGAUCAGCUAAAAGUGAAGAGUCACUUACUUCUCUCCAUGCAGGCGAUGGUGACUCCAAACUGUUCCGGCCGAGGAGACCCAGAUCCAGCAGCGAUGCCCUGAGCGCCUCCUUCAACGGGGACAUGCUGGGGAACCGCUGUAAUUCCUAUGAUAACCUGCCCCACGACAAUGAAAGCGAGGAGGAUGUGGGGCUGCUUCACAUUCCAGCUCUGGUGUCUCCGCAUUCCGCUGAGGAUGUGGAUUUGAGCCCCCCGGACAUUGGAGUAGCCAGCCUGGAUUUUGAUCCAAUGUCAUUCCAGUGCAGUCCUCCUAAGGCUGAAUCAGAAUGUCUGGAGAGCGGCACUUCCUUCUUAGAUUCCAUAGGAUGCUCCAAGGAUAAGCCCAGUACAAAUAAAAAGGAUUCAGAGGCAGGUGGUAGCCAGUCGCAGACCCCAGGAAGCACUGCAAGCUCGGAGCCCGUGUCUCCUCUUCAGGAGAAACUGAGUCCAUUCUUCACCCUGGACUUGAGCCCAAGUGAAGAGAAAUCAUCCAAGCCAUCCUCAUUCACCGAAAAGGUGGUCUAUGCUUUUUCUCCAAAUAUUGGACGGAAAUUAAGCAAAUCGCCUUCUAUGAACAUCUCUGAGCCAAUCUCAGUGACUCUUCCCACUCGGGUGUCAGAAGUGAUGGGCGCAGCCUCAGCUACCGCAGCCCAGGCCGCGCCUUCUCCAACCUGGAACACAGGUGUUGACGCAAGUGCUGUCAUAAGUAGGUCCCCUCCCCAGGCAGGGAAGAUGAAGACAGACGAGAGAGAGGCCCAGGAAGGGCGCGAGUCUGAAGUCCAGCCCCCGGAGCAGGUGGCUGCUGCCGACGCAGAAUCGCCGGCAGAGGAGGAGCCGCCCGCCUCUGGCGGGCAGAGUAAGGCCGUCCCUUCUGGACAGGCUCAGACAGGAGCAGUUCCCCAUGACCCCCCUCAGGAUUCCAUCCCUGUCAGUUCAGUCUCUCUUAUCCCACCACCGCCGCCUCCGAAAAAUGUCGCCCGCCUGUUGGCGCUAGCACUAGCUGAGUCUGCACAGCAAGCCUCCACCCAGCCCUUGAAGAGACCAGGGGCCCCCCAGGCUGCCCCCACAAACUACGGAGAUGUAGCGGUGGCUGCAACUGAAGACAAGCUGCCUGGCUCCCACUCUCAUGUUACUCUAGAUAAAGCCUACUUCCCAGCGGACAGGCCUGCAGAGCAAUCUGUCCUCCAGAACAACGCCGCUGGGAGCUGUGACCAGCUCACCGCAGACCCAGCGGCUGUCCGGGAUCGUGCCCACCCCAGUGCGACCGAAUCUGGGGAGCAGCUCCACCAGGCAGACUUCCAGCCCCAUCGAACGUAUUUACCUGGGGACCCAGAAAAGGCCAGAGUCACUUCAGUCCCCCUAACAGAGUCUAAGUCUGACGAUCACAUCGUUUUCCCCGAAGACCAGUCUGGGAAGACCAUUGUGCCGACUGUCUCCUUUGCGGAUCAGGACCAACCUCAAGUUCAUUUCUACAGUGGAGACCAGCCUCCUUCUUAUCUUGGUGCCAGUGUGGAGAAGCCCCAUCACCCCUCACAACUUGCAGACAAGACUCCCACACCUUCUACUUUGCCCCGGGACAAAAUCUACCCUCCCUCUGGGUCCCCUGAAGAGAACACCAACACAGCCACCCUGGCUUACAUGACAAUUGCUCCAGCAACAGCUGAAAUCAGCGCCAGGGAAGUGCACUGGGAUGUGGCUGAACAGCCCAUCGCAGCGGAUUUCGCUGCCGCCACCCUUCAGCGUCCUCACAGAACCAGCCGUCCCCUUCCCCCGCCUCCUUCCCAAAGGGCAGCAGAGCAGUUACCAGCUGUGGGGCAGGUACAAGCAGCCACCAGCAUAGGACCAAAUAAUUCGCACAAGGUUCAGGGAGUAGCUCCGGUUCCAGAGAGGCCACCGGAACCCAGAGCCAUGGACGAACCUGCUCCUGUCCUCGUCGGUGAUGGCAGCAGCGCCACUCAGUGUCCUGGCUCUGCUCCCGCUCUCCAGCCCGGCCUUCCCGAAAAGCUGCGGGAAGGUCCCAGGGCCCCGCCGCUGCACCUGCGCGCCGAGCCUGUCCCGGUGCACGCGCCCUGUGGCUUCCCUGCACCGCUGCCCCCGACCAGGACGAUGGAGAGCAAAGCUGCCGCCGCCAUUCACUCCAGCAGCGUGGAUGUGACCGGCAGUUCCAGUUAUCACCCCUUUGUUGCUGCUUCCUCGGCCUCUGUGGAUGACGCUUUGCCUUUGCCACUCCCUGUCCCACAACCUAAGCAUGCUUCUCAGAAAGCUCCUUACUCCAGCUUUGCCAGGCCUGAUGUCGCCACUGAGCCUUUUGGUCCAGAAAACUGUUUGCAUUUCAAUAUGACUCCAAACUGCCAGUACCGCCCCCAGAGCGUACCUCCACAUCACAAUAAAGUGGAGCCACACCUGGUGUAUGGCUCCAGGUCAGAGCCACCCGCCUCCAUGGGCCCUCGUUACAACACGUACGUGGCCCCAGGAAGAAGUGCAUCGGGACACCACCCCAAGCCGUGUAGCCGGGUCGAGUACGUGUCUUCUUUGAGCUCGUCUGUCAGGAGUGGUUGCUACCCUGAGGAUAUUCCCCCGUACCCGACCAUCCGGAGGGUGCAGUCUCUCCACGCCCCUCCAGCCGCCAUGAUUCGCUCUGUUCCCAUUUCGCGGACGGAAGUGCCCCCGGAUGACGAACCAGCCUACUGCCCCAGACCCCUGUACCAGUAUAAGCCAUAUCAGUCCUCCCAGGCUCGCUCGGAUUACCACGUGACUCAGCUCCAGCCUUACUUCGAGAACGGUCGGGUCCACUACCGGUAUAGCCCCUAUUCCAGUUCUUCCAGCUCCUACUACAGCCCCGACGGGGCGCUGUGUGACGUGGAUGCCUACAGCACCGUCCAGCUGAGGCCCCUGCACCGCCUGCCCGGCCGCGAUUUCGCUUUCUACAAUCCUCGGCUGCAGGGGAAGAACGUGUACGGGUACGCUGGUUUGCCUCCCCGGCCCCGGGCCACCGUGACUGGUUAUUUCUCGGGUAAUGACCAUAAUGUGGUCAACAUGCCUCCACCCGCUGAUGUAAAGCACACCUACUCCUCGUGGGAUUUUGAGGACAUGGAAAAAUACCGCAUGCAGUCCAUCCGGAGAGAGAGCCGGGCCCGGCAGAAGGUGAAAGGGCCUGUUAUGUCCCAGUACGAUAACAUGACCCCGGCUAUGCAGGACGACUUGGGGGGGAUCUACGUCAUCCACCUGCGCAGUAAAUCCGAUCCUGGGAAAACUGGACUCCUCUCCGUGGCAGAGGGGAAGGAGGGGCGGCACCCGGCCAAGGCCCUCAGUCCCGAGGGAGGGGACCGCUUCUACAGGAAGCACCCGGAGGCAGAGUUCGACAGAGCCCAUCACCCCGGAGGCCACGGCAACGGGCAGGCAGAGAGGCCGUCCCUGCCGCAGAAGCAGAGCAGCCUCAGGAACAGGAAGCUUCACGACAUGGGCUGCAGUCUCCCUGAGCACAGGGCCCACCAGGAAGCAAGCCAUAGGCAACUGUGUGAUUCCAAAAAUGGACCCCCUUACCCCCAGGGGGCUGGCCAGUUGGAUUAUGGGUCCAAAGGGAUUCCAGACGCUUCUGAGCCCGUCAGCUACCAUAACUCUGGAGGGAAGUACAUCACAGCAGGGCAGGAGUCGUUAAGACUGAACCACAAAGAGGUAAGGCUCUCCAAAGAGAUGGAGAGGCCUCGGGCGAGGCAGCCUCCUGCCCCAGACAAACACUCCAGAGACUGCUACAAGGAGGAGGAGCACCUUAGUCAGUCCACAGUCCCACCCCCUAAACCAGAGAGGAGUCAUAGCCUGAAGCUGCAUCACACCCAGAACAUGGAGAGGGACCCCGGUGCGCUGUUCCAGUACCAGGCGCACGGCAAGCGCCAGGGCGGCAUGACCGCCGUGUCCCAGUAUGACAACCUGGAGGGCUACCACUCUCCGCCUCAGCCCCAGCGCGGAGGCUUUGGAGGAGCAGCCGUGGGGGCGUACGCGCCCUCCGGCUUUCCCCACCCGCAGAACAGGACAUACGCCACUGCUCUGGGGCAGGGGGCCUUCCUGCCCGCGGAGCUGUCCCUGCAGCAUCCGGAAACCCAGGUCCAUGCGGAAUGAGCCCCGAGAGCAAUAGAGUUGAAGCAGCCUCUGCUGGACAGCGGACUGUUCUAUUUUUUUCAGUAACCAAAAAGAUUUAAAAAAAAAAAAGAAAGAAAAAGAAAAAAGCUACAAACCCCCUGACCACAUUAAAAAAAAAAAUAGUAAGAAAAAUAAAUCACUAUCUUUUUUCCCUUGCUGUUUCAUUACCACCUCUUUAUCUAUAGACUCAUUUUUGUCAUUAAACGAGAACUGAAUGAGUGUAAAGCACUGUGAUGAAAACGUAGUAAAACAAUGUGUCACAGAGCAUACUUGCCAUAUAGAGCUAAUUUGUAAGAGCCUGAGGACUGCCUUUACCUGCAUUUGAAUUUGACUUUGUCCUUCUUUGUAUUUGCUGUACAGUUCCAAGCAGUUUGUGUCUAUUUCCUGGGAGGUUUUUGCGUUUUCCUUUGCGUCCCUCCCACCCUCGGUGGCCAUGGCGCUUGCCGGCACUGACGCUCAUGUCCCUCACGGCACGCUCCCUGUCUUUUGUGUUCAGUUAGAACAGAGAAAAACUCCCCCCUGAUUCUUCAGAUAAGCCUGUUGAGCAUUUAGCAAAUUUAUAAUUAAAAACAUAAAGGAAUCAGGACGAAGCAUUUAAUAAAGAGUCAUCAUAGAAUGUCAAACCAUUUAGUCCCAGGCUGGAGCAUAUUCUUCAUGUUCUUCUCAUAGCUGUCUCACAGUUCAGUGAACAGGCUCAGACCGCUGGAAGAGAGUGUUAAAAAAAUUAGAAUUAAAGAUGCUUCUCAGAUGGAAGUCAGUGAGCACUGUUAGCACCAGAAAACUAUAUAAAUGCUUUUAAUGUGUUGCCUGCCUCCAUUUAUUUUUUUUCCUCUCUCAAUAAUUGGUAAAUUGUAAUCCUACUAAAAAACAUUUCACGCCAUGCUUUUCCCUAAAGCAACUUUUUUCAUUGAAAACCCAGCGUGGUUUGGUAAGAUGAACACAUAGUUUAUCAUGGUUACAGGUCUACAUGCUAACUUCUGUUUCCAAACCAGGCUACAGGUUUGCUGGGAAUUCUAAAGCAGCUGCGUAGCUCCUGUUAGUAAGACUGCAAUGACCGCUCGGCGCACAACCCCGCUGUACCUGCUGGAAUUGGGGGCAGCCGCUGUUUCUGCGCUAAGGAGUUAGCGCGCUGUUGGCUCAGGACCUCUGCGGCCCCAGUCCACUCUGGUCGCCAUCUUCACCAGCAUUUCGGCUAUAGUUUGGAUAACUGUAGACAUGUUAACCAUGUUCAGGACCCAGAACUUCUUUUGAAAAUUGCAUUCCUUGUGAGAGCUGGGCUAGACACCUCCAGCCCGACCCCAUUCCAUUUUCUCAGCUCCCCGCAAAACGUACGUGCCAGACUACCUAGCAAGGCAGUCCUGUAUUUACAAAACAAGUUUAGAUGUAAUCAUUUCAUUCCGUGACUUUUAAUAAUACUUGAUUUUUAUACAUUCACAUGUUUCACAUGCUCGGUUUGUAGAAGACGUUAAGGGACUUACAUUCCAUUUACUGGGUGGUCACUGCUCUGGCUUUUUAAAACUUGGAAUUAACUUUUAUUUAGAGCAAAGGAAGAAAUCUUUUAAGAGGCUAAAUUUAUGCUGCUAUUAUUGCUGUGAAUUUGUAUAAAGAUUAGGAGUCAUGCCAGUUUUUUUAAU